UCGCUCGCGCCAGCUCCCCUUAGGCCCCGCAGCGCAUGUGCCCGGCGCGCCCUGCCCGGCCCUGGAUUCCGCUCCCUCGCAGUUCCCGCUGCCGCCGCAGCCGCCCCUAGAGCCCGCGCCGGCCCCGCCGCCCAUGGCCGGGACCCGCUGGGUGCUCGGGGCCCUGCUCCGAGGCUGCGGCUGCAACUGCAGCAGCUGCCGGCGCACGGGCGCCGCCUGCCUGCCGCUCUACACGGCCGCCGGAGCCUUCCCCGCGGGAGUGUCGGGCCGCCGCCGCCUGCUGCUGCUGCUCGGGGCGGCCGCCGCCGCCGCCGCCCAGACGCGGAGCCUGCAGGCGGGCCGUUUGGUGGGGCCGCCCCCGCCUGCCCCGGCCGGGUCUGUGGCCGCGGCCGCCGCCUCCUUCCAGGCCCUGCGCGGGCCCCUGCUGACCUCAGCCGUCCCCGCCGCCGCGCCUCCGCCAGGCCGCGGCUACAGCCAGGAUUCUAAUACCUAUCUGGAAGACCUCCAACCACUCCCUGAGUAUGACCUGGCUUCACCCAAGUUAGCAGAGGAGGAGGAUGAUAUCUAUCUUAUUCGAGCCCAGGGUCUGCCAUGGUCCUGCACUGUGGAAGAUGUGCUUAAAUUUUUCUCUGACUGUAGAAUCCGAAAUGGUGAGCACGGGAUCCAUUUUCUCUUAAACAGAGAUGGGAAACGCAGGGGCGAUGCACUAGUUGAACUGGAGUCGGAGCAGGAUGUAAAGAAGGCCUUAGAAAAGCACCACCUGUACAUGGGCCAGCGCUACGUAGAAGUUUAUGAAAUCAACAAUGAAGACGUGGACGCCUUAAUGAAGAGUCUGCAGGCCAAGUCGAGCCCUGUGGUAAACGAUGGAGUGGUUCGCUUGAGAGGCCUUCCUUACAGCUGCAACGAGAAGGACAUUGUGGAAUUCUUUGCAGGUCUCAGUAUAGUUGACAUAACAUUUGUCAUGGACCACCGAGGGAGAAGGAAAACUGGGGAAGCCUACGUGCAGUUUGAAGAACCAGAAAUGGCCAGCCAAGCUCUGCUGAAACACAAGGAAGAGAUUGGGAGCCGGUACAUAGAAAUCUUCCCGAGCAGAAGGAAUGAAGUCCGAACGCACGUUGGGUCUCACAAAGGAAAGAAAGCAGCGCCUUCUACAGCCAAGUUUGGGACUGAAUCAGAAUUGAACUUUGAGGAGCCUGACGGGAGUGAGGAGCUUCGACCAAUCACAGCAUUUGAAAAUGAAAAGGAAAUGGAAUUAUCUAAGGAGGCACCUGAGAAGACUCCAGAGGCUGCUGAUUUUGGAACCACGCCUUCAUUGCAUUUUGUUCACAUGCGAGGACUGCCUUUCCAAGCUAAUGCCCAAGACAUUAUAAAUUUUUUUGCUCCACUGAAGCCUGUUCGGAUCACCAUGGAAUACAGCUCCAGUGGGAAGGCCACAGGCGAAGCUGAUGUGCACUUCGAGACCCACGAGGACGCUGUGGCGGCGAUGGGCAAGGAUCGGUCCCACGUGCAGCAUAGGUAUAUUGAGCUGUUCCUGAAUUCUUGUCCAAAAGGAAAAUAGAAUUGCCAGGAACAUCACUGAAUCCACAUGACAAGGAUGAAGCAAGAAGCAUUUCAUUUGCACACCUAUCUUGGACAUGGAAUCCAGAGUUUUAUCAGCAGCUUUGUCUAGGAAAACUUUUUUUUUGUGGGGGUGGGGUAGGGUUUAAUAGCUUUGAAGAAAAAUUCCAUAGCUGACUGUUUAGAAAAGAGAAGAUUCAGUUUGGGAUUAUGAAAUAAACCACACAUUUAAAUUUUUGUUUA